AUCUGCGCCACUGCUGAGGUUCCAGACCGCCCACCCAGCUGUCCCCAUCGCUAUGGGCCUGGAGCUCUACCUGGACUUGCUGUCCCAGCCCUGCCGUGCCGUCUACAUCUUCGCCAAGAAGAACCGCAUCCCAUUUGAGCUGCGCAUUUUGGAGCUGCUCAAAGGACAGCAUAUCAGCAAGGAGUUCUCCCAAAUUAACAGCCUCCAGAAGCUGCCGACUCUCAAAGAUGGUGACUUUAUCCUGACGGAAAGUGUGGCUAUCCUGAUUUACCUGAGCUCUAAGUACCAGACAGAGGCUCACUGGUACCCAUCUGAGCUGCAUGUCCGAAGUCGCAUCCAUGAGUACCUGGGCUGGCAUGCUGACUGCAUCCGUAGCAUCUUUGGUGCACCCCUGUGGAUUCGGGUACUGGUGCCGCUCAUCGGGGCCCAGGUGCCUGAGGAGAAGGUGGAGCGCAACAAGGCUGCCAUCAACGGGGCUCUGCAGAAGCUGGAAGACAAGUUCCUGGGGUGCAGAGCUUUCCUGGCCAGUCAGGAGGUGACACUGGCUGACCUCAUGGCGCUGGAGGAAUUGAUACAGCUCUUUGCUGUUGGUUAUGACCUGUUUGAAGGACGACCUCGAUUGGCAGCAUGGCGUAAGCGAGUGGAAACUUUCCUGGGGGCUGAGUUGUGCCAGGAGGCUCAUGGUCCCAUCUUGAACAUCCUGGAACAGGCAGCCAACAAGACCCUCCCAGUACCUCCGCCAGAAGUCCAUCCAACAAUGCUGAACCGAAUUUCCAGGAUCCCCUGAGGCAGUGGGAUCUGGGUCACAUGGUUGGAGGCUAAGAGAUUAGCAAUAAAGAUUCAUUCUGUGUCUUGGUCCUUUUCAUCUUUUCCAUCUUGUCUCUGAAUCAGUUAGAAAAGUUUCACUAGCUGGACAUCCAGUGUCCUUUUGUUCCGGUGCAGUAGAGAAAAUUAAAGCGAGACUGGGCUUCUGUUUGAAAGCACAGCAGGUAAAAACCUACACUUCCUAGAGAGCAGAGAGCACAAUACUCCUGCUUUUCUCCCCAGAUCCUGGUCUUGGGAAGGUGCCUUCAUUCACCAGGACAGUGGUGUAGUGCUGUGACCACCAACAGGAGUUUGGGACUAUUAGCAUACAAAUGACGUCACCCUGAGGAGGUGCUUCAGAGAAGGGACUUUGAGCACGUUGCUCUCUUUUGGGCUGCUGCUGCUUCUCCUGGUCAGAUGCAUGUCAGCAGAGGUGCGCCAUGGCUACUUACCCUGGGAACUGAACACAUGUGACUCUGAUAGCUGGUAAACUUGUAGACCCCUCUACAGCCAUGAGCAAUAUUUACCAGAGCUGAUAGUUGUUUAUCUUAUGGGACUAAACUUUUGAUAACUAUACUCAGACUUUAUGGGCCUAGCGUACUCUUAACCCUUGAUAAUAAGUGCUUAUUUUGCCUUUUACCUGUUUCACCCUAAUAAACCUUUUAUUGUUUAAACCAAUUCCCAGCUCCCCACUGUGAAUCCUUUCACACUGUAGCAGCCCCACCAAAAAUCCCUUUUAAAGUUAAAUGACAACAGUGUGGAGAGCCAGGAGCCCAGGUAGAAGAUGGAUAGAAGAAAAAGGUCUUAGUAAAGAAGAAAAGUAAGUUACUAAUAUCUGUUGUCUCCCACUCCCAGUGCUGUUUAUGUUCCUACCUCAGUUCUGAGGUUAGUCAGGAAAUGUAAAGUGGAAAAGGGCCAAGUUAGAGACAGAAUGAAGGAGAAGAGAGAGAGAGAGAGAGAGGCAGACAUUAGUCUGACAUGUGCUGCCGGGGAUUGAAUUGAAUUUGGGCUCUUAUGCUUGAGAGAGUCCAGUGCUUUAUCCACUGUGCCACCUCCCAGACCACCAGAGUAACUAUCUUAUUGAUGUGAUUUAAAAGAAUAUUUGAUCAGGACUGGGGAAAUAGCAGAAUGGUUAUGCCAAAGAUUUUAUGUCUGAGGAUCUGAGGUCCCAGGUUUGAUCUCCAACACAACCAUAAACCAGAGCCUAAAAGUGCUCUGGUCUCUCUUCCUCUGUAUCUUUCUCCCUGUGUCUCUCAUUAAAAUAAAUACUACAUAUAUAUGUCUAUA